AUGUUACCUUUUAUGACUAAAAAUAAAAAAUAUUAAAUAAAAAUUGAUUUUUAUGAACCAUAAGAAUGUAUGAAGGCUAUAAAAUACCCUCCAGAAAAUACUGGCUUAUAAGGAAAUUUUUCGUUUUUAAAAGGUGCUUUUAAUGUUCCUGAUUAUGUUUAUUUACCUGAAGAUUUUACACCAAAACUAGAUGUUUUUAUUGAAAACUUAGGAUGGACAGAAGAACAUAUUAAUUUAAUUAAAUAUGAUAAUUAAACAAAACAUGUUUAAUUUUAAACUAAAAUAUUGGCUCCUUUAGCUUGUAUACUUCCAUUAGAUGCAGACUAUCCUUAUUAAAGUUUCCAUAUGAAAAGCUUUCAAGAUUAACUCGUUAGUCUUAAUUUGAAAAGAAUUAAUUUAAUGCCUGACUUUGAAAAUGAUUAUAAAAUAUCAGAUGUUGAAAAUAAAGCUUUAUAAGAAGUUUUAAUGUUAAUAAAAUGUUUCUAAAUAUAAAGCAAUAUUUAAAAUCGUAACAUAGGAAACGAUUAAAUUAUUUUCGAUAUUAAAUAAAAUUAUGAAUUUAAAGAAUCUGAGGAAUUCUAAUGGGUUUAAACAAAUAUUUGGUGCAAUAAAUGUAGCCUGUUUGAUUAAAAAAAUAAACCUUUAGGUGUUAGUCACAGUAUGGUUUCUUAAAUAUUCUAAAGUCAUUAAAAUAUAUUGGAAAAUUUAACUUAAGAUGUGAUUGAUAAAAUGGAAGAUGUGCUUAAUGCUGAUUUUUAGAAUAAUUUAAGAAGAUUUUUAAAAUUAUCGAAAAUUGUGGCUUUUUCAUGA